AAAAUGGUCAACACUGUCUACAGUGAUGAGGAAAGGGGAACCCAAGACAAGGAAAGCAAGGAGGAGACCAUCUUGGCCAUGUUGGGCAUCAUCGGGACCAUUCUCAACUUGCUGGUCAUUAUCUUCGUUUACAUCUACACCACGUUGUAGAGCGCUUCUACGUCAACAACGGCGAUGACGACGGAUGUGAAGACGGGAUGGCGGUGGAGGCAAAAUAUGGACCGGUACCAAACGGGAUCUAAGACCAAGCGGUGAAGGUGCGGGUGUGCAGAACAUCGGCUUGCGCGUAGAUAACGCACGAGGCUAUUCGUGACUUUGAAGGCUUUAAAGUGCAGCCCCAAUCCUCGCAUGGGAUCAACAAAAGGACUGCAACCA